AUGGCCAAGUUGCGAAGGUCGGCACGCAUCGCUGCUGCCAAACUCGAUAAAUGCUCCCUUCCGGGGAAGGCUGUCAGAAAGGCCAAAGCGUCGAGGGCGCUUAAAAAGCCCUUAGCCGGGCGAAAAAGUUGGUCGCGACGUUGCAAAUCCCGAAUGGGAAAUUUGCUGUUUUCAGCCGCCACUCAUCGCCAAAGCCCAAUUGAUAUCGUUCCUGGCGCCGUUUGCCAUGAUCCUGAUCUUUGCAAGGUAAUCUUAUUUCUUAAUCGUUUUUCGUUGGUUUUUGAUGUUUGGAAAGUUAUAAUGAUCCGUUUGAAGCGCUUUAUCGCCAGAUAAACUCUAUGAUUUUCUCCUUUUCAUGUUGUUGUUUCUUUCCGUUCAUUUUUCCCAGGUUGAAACUCGCAGGAGUCUCCUAAAACUAUUUGGGAAACAAUAUAACGGAAAGCUUUUUUUCCUUUUACUCAUGACUUAAAAUAUCUGAAAACAUCAUUUUUCUGAAAAAAACAUCAAUUUUUUUGAAAAUCAUCACUAUUUUUUUCGUUUUUUUCUACUCAAAAGAAUAUCGGUAUUUUAAACAUAUUUUUCAUCCCGAAAAAAAGCAGAAAAAGGCCUAAAUUUUAAGCGGAUCUUCACCAAUUCUCGUGUCUCGUUUGCUCCUGUUGGCUCAAAAAUCAUCAAUCUUCAGGUCGACACGCUCAACAUCAGCUAUAAACCAGGCGAUUGCUGUGACGUCAUCGUCAACGCCGGCGGUUUCCGUGUGAACGUCGAGCGCGGCUGCUCCACAAGUGAGCUUGUCAACUCAAUUUUCAGAGCAAGGCAAAAACAAAGAGAACAUGAAAUUCUUGUUUUUCCAUCAUCGCUGUUGGAACGUUAACAGAAAAAAGUUUAUACCCCAGAGAUUUUUAGACAAAAUGGUAGAUCUUUUGGUUUUUCAAAUUUCACGGCUAUGUGAUCCCUUUUUCAAUAGUUUUUUUUUUCACAAUGAAACUGAAUUUAUCAAAUUCAUAAAUCAAAAAAAAAGCUCAAAAGAAAAGAAAUUCCCAAGAAGAGUCUAUCACUCAAUGGAGCAGAAAAUUUUUGAAAAGAUAUACUAAUUUUUCAAAAUAUAUAGCUCUGCUCUACAAAAAACUUUAAAUUCCGGUUUCCAUGGAAUUUUCGAAAUGCGAAAUAAACAAAAAUUCCUGGCUCCCCAUUCAAAAAAUGACCUCGUUCUGCUUCACUAAUCCUUUUUGUGGAUUUUCCGCAAGCUUAACUUUUUCAACAACACUCAAUAGAUUUUUGUAAAAGGGAAUAUGACAUAGAUCACUUGCCUGGAACGAAUAAAAUAUAAGAAAAAAAAAAGGAAGUUACGGAAAGGUUGUUAAAAAUUGGACCCAGCUUGGUAAUGAAACAGGAUUCGAAUCUUUCAAUAGUACUUUCAGCCUAGUUUUUGAUUUCUUCAAUAGUUUCCUCCGGGAGUUCAAGUACCCCUCCAUUCAUGAGUUUCACCAAAAAAAAGAACGUUAUUCCAGCUCUUACCGGAAACCAUUUGGGAGAUGCGACCUACGAGCUCGCCCAGUUCCAUGCUCACUGGGGAACCAACGGACAGAAGGGAUCCGAGCACCUUCUCAAUGGAAAAUCUAUGAGUGGCGAGGUAAGAAACUUUCUGAAAAUAAAAUGAAACUUCUAUUUUGACAGGUCCAUUUCGUGUUCUGGAACACCAACUACGGCUCGUUCUGCGAGGCUCUCAACAAGGAAGACGGUUUGGCCGUCGUCGGCGUUUUCUUGAAGGUUCGUAGACAUUUUCGAGUUUUUGAAAAAACGAAGAAGAGAGCUUCAAUGACCUUUAUUUCUGAAGAAGCUUCUGUAAAGAAAUAAGUGCUUUUUCCUGAUUUUCCCACAACAUUUUGUUUUCAAAAAUCCCACUUAGAACUCCGAAAACAAAAACCUUUCUCAUAAUAUUCCUUACUUUUUGAAGAGAUUCUCACUAAAGUCUAGGGAAAUACUUCGGGUCAAUAUUGACUUUUUACUAUUUGAUCUGGAUGAGGGGGCGCUCGAAAUUCUUGACACAUUUCAUUUUUGGUUCACAGGUCAUCAAAGUAAACUCAAAGAAUAACAAAAAAAAACGUUUUUGAAGAGAAAAAAAUGAUUUAUUUGUAUUCGAAAUUGGUUCGGAACUUAGAAAAUGGGGGGAGGGGGAGUUGAUAAUUUGAGUACCUAUUGGCUGAAAAAAGAAGUUGAGGUAGUUACGGAACUGCCAAGUAGUGUUGAAGUAGUUCCAGACGGAUUUUGAAAUGUUUAUUCAGAUCCUCUCAACAACCAAGAAAUAAGCUAGAUAAGAAAAAAAUUGGAGUUGAAAACGAAAUUUCCUCAUUUUUUUAAAUGAAUUUUAGAGGUUUCAUGAGUUUUUUUUUUCCAGGAGGGCCAGCACAACGAUGACUACCAUUCGCUGAUCGAGACCAUCCGCAAGGCUGCUGGAGGCGACAAGCCGUUUGCUAUGCCCAAGGACUUCGAUCUCAUCAAGCUUCUUCCUUCUCCGGGUCAGAUUUCAUUUUUGAAUCAGCUUUUUUUGAGAGAAAUUUAAUGCUACUUUCCUUCAAAUUAUUGGAAACGAGGAAUCCCCACAAACGGUUUUUUGGUACUCUGGGGCUCAAAAAAGUUUGAAUUCAUGCUUCAGAAAAAGCUGAGCUAAUUGUUUUGUUCUGCAAAUUAAUAAAGAUGUAUUUCGAAUCAUCAACAACUUUUCAACAUUUUCAUAAAAAUUGCCGAUAAAAAGCUUAUUUAAUCUGUUUUACUGCUAUUCUUGCCCCUCUCGGCAAAUAACCAAUUUUCCAUGUUUUAGACAUUCAAAACCCUGAAGACGUUUGGAUUGUAAACGAUCAGAUACACAAAACCUGAAUUUUUUUUUCAAUUGAUUAACUCAUCAAAAUUCCAGACGACCGUGACUUCGUCACCUACGCUGGUUCGCUGACCACUCCGCCGUUCAGCGAGUGCGUCAUCUGGACUGUCUUCACGACUCCUGUGGAGAUCUCCUACGGACAGGUUAGAGAUCUCUGCUUUUUUCCGGUUUAUAAAAGGAAAACUUGUUCUGUUUUGUUGGAUUUCAAAAUGCAUCCCAAAAAGUGCUCAAACAGGCUAUUUUAAAAAAAAUCACGCGUCUAGUUCAACUAGACUCCUAUCUAUAAUAUUAUCAACUUUCAAAAAACCAGGUCUUUCUAUUUCUCUGUACUUUAUUAUGGAGGAAGGAGACGAAGGAGAACAUAAUUUUUUUUGAAAAAAGAACAGGUCGAAUAUUCCAAAUUUUUGAACUUUUGUCUCCCGCCAAAAAAUGUUAUCCGAUUGCUGAAAGUUACAAAAUCAGUGUUUCCAAUUGAAUUUAAUUGUUUUUUUCGUUUUGACUCAACAAAGAAUCUGAUGAUAUUAAAAAAUGAAAAAUGUUGAGCCAAAAACCUAAAAAUUUCUGAAUAGAAAAAUACCUAUGAAGCGUUUUCUACACAUUCUCGAUUCGUUGCUGUUUUUUUCAACAGAAAAGCAAUCCAACUUUUCUGCGAGUUUCCCUUCUCAGUUCAGUUCCCUGUUUCAGCUCAACGUCCUGCGCAACAUCGUCGCUGAGAACCACCGCGAGUGCCAGGAUCUCUGCGGCCGCCAGAUCCGUUCUUCGAUCACCUUCGCCUAA